GUCAGAGUCUCCAGAGUCCAGCUAUCUGUCUAUGAAGAACGACUGGUCUAAGGAUGACCCUCCAGACUCUAGUCCUGAACCUGGACCUUCAGACACACAUAGUCCUGGACGACGAGACAGGAAGAGGACUCCUGGUCCUGAGGUAGACCCAGAGUCCUGUUGUUUGUGUCAGAAGGCCCUGAAUGAUCCAGUCUGGACCAGCUGUGGACACAGGUUCUGCAGACGGUGCAUCACUUCAUACUGGGACCAGUUUGGUUCAUCAGGAGACUCCCCCUGUCCCUACUGUGGAAAAAGAACCAGAACUGGACCACAGAUGGACAUGAAGGUUUUAGAAGAACAUAAGCUCAGUCUGAGGAGCAGAUGUGAACGUGUGACUGAAGGAACCGAUGAAACAGGAAGUAGAACCUGUCUAAACCGGAUCUACACUGAGCUCUACAUCACAGAGGGACAGAGUGAAGACGUUAAUACCCAACAUGAGGUGAGGACGCUGGAGACGGUUUAUAAGAAGAUCAUCCAAGACAAACCCAUCAGGUGUCAGGACAUCUUCAAAGCCCUUCCAGACCAGCAGAACCCCAUCAGAGUGGUUCUGACCAACGGUGUGGCUGGAGUUGGAAAAACCUUCUCGGUGCUGAAGUUCACUCUGGACUGGGCCGAGGGUUUAGAAAACCAGGAUGUCAGUCUGGUGGUUCCGCUGUCCUUCAGAGAGCUGAACCUGGUCAGAGAUGAGCAGUACAGUCUGCUGACGCUGCUCCAUGUUUUCCAUCCAACAUUACAGAAGGUCACAGCAGAGCAGAUCAAUGUCUGCAAACUUCUGUUCAUCUUCGACGGACUGGAUGAAAGCAGACUUUCACUGGAUUUCAACAACUGUGAGGUGGUUUCAGACGUCACACAGAAGAAACCAGUCAACGUCCUGUUGACCAACCUCAUCAAGGGGAACCUGCUUCCAUCAGCUCUCAUCUGGAUAACUUCCAGACCUGCAGCAGCCAAUCAGAUCCCUCCUUCAUGUGUCGACAGGGUAACAGAGGUCCGAGGAUUCACCACUGAUGACCAGAAGGAGGAGUACUUCAAGAAGAGAUCCAGUGAUGAAGAUCUGUCCAAGACAAUCAUCUCACACAUCAAGAAAUCCAGGAGUCUCCACAUCAUGUGUCAAAUCCCAGUCUUCUGCUGGAUCAGUUCUAUGGUUCUGGAGCACAUGUUGACUUCAGACCAGAGAGAAGAGCUGCCCAAGACCCUGACCAACCUGUACUCACACUUCAUCAUGGUCCAGACAAAGAGGAAGAACAAGUACAAACAAGAAGAUGAGACCAGACCAGAGGAGCUGACAGAGGCUGACCGGGAAGUUCUUCUGAAGUUGGGUAGAUUGGCAUUUGAACAACUGAUGGAAGGAAACAUCAUGUUCUAUGAAGAAGACCUGGAGCAGUGUGGUCUGGACGUCACAGAGGCCUUGGUUUACUCUGGAGUUUGUACAGAGAUCUUCAAAACAGAGAGUGUGAUGUUCCAGAAAACAGUCUACACCUUUGUUCACCUGAGUGUUCAGGAGUUUCUGGCUGCAGUCUACAUCUACCACUGUUACACCAACAGGAACUAUCAAGUACUGGAGGGGUUUCUGGAGGAAAGUGAAAUGAAGAAAGAAUAUCCUGGUUUUUUCGUUUAUAAUCCAUAUGCUGAGAAGGAAGAGGAGGAAGUGGAGGAGGAGGGGCAUAUUUCAACACUUAGUAUUUUCCUGAAAAAAGCCCUGAAGAAGUCACUCAAAUGUAAAAAUGGUCACCUGGACCUGUUCAUUCGUUUCCUUCAUGGUCUUUGUCUGGAGUCCAACCAGAGAGUUUUAGGAGAUCUGCUGGGUCCAACAGAGAUCAGUCCAGAAACAAUACAGACAGUCAUCAACAAUUUAAAGAAAAUGAAAACCGAGUACAUCUCUCCUGACAGAAGCAUCAACAUAUUCCACUGUCUGACAGAGAUGAACGACCAAACGGUCCAUCAGGAGAUCCAAGAGUUCCUGAAGUCAGAGAACAGAUCAGCGACGUUUCUGUCUGAGAUCCAGUGUUCGGCUUUGGCCUACAUGCUGCAGAUGUCAGAGGAGGUUCUGGAGGAGUUGGACCCAGGAAAGUACAAGGCAUCACCUCACGGACGAUGGAGACUGAUUCCAGCUGUGAGGAACUGCAGAAAGGCUCAACUCUCUGGCUGUGCACUGUCUGAGGCUCACUGUGAAGUCGUGGCUUCGGCUCUGAUGUCCAGUCCAUCCCAUCUGAGGGAACUGGACCUGAGUGGGAACUCCCUGAAGGAUUCAGGAGUGGCGCUGCUUUGUGUUGGACUUCGGAGUCCAAACUGCAGACUGGAGAUGCUGAGGUUGAGUCGCUGCAGUUUGUCGGAGGUCAGCUGUUCUUCUCUGGCCUCCGCUCUGAAGUCCAAUCCUUCCCAUCUCCAAGAACUGGAACUAAAUGACAACGAAGAUCUGAAAGAUUCAGGAGUGGAGCUACUUUGUGCCGGCCUGGAGAGUCCAAACUGCAGACUGGAGACUCUGAGGUUGAAUGGCUGCAGUUUGUCCGAGGCCAGCAGUGUUCAUCUGACCUCAGCUCUGAAGUCCAAUCCUUCCCAUCUCAGAGUAUUGGACCUGAGUGGAAACAAAGACCUGAAGGAUUCAGGAGUGGAGCUGCUGUGUGCCAGACUUCCCAGACUGGAAUGCAGACUUGAGGCUCUGAGUUUGAGGAGCUGCAGCUUAUCACAGAUCAGCUGUUUCCAUCUGGCCUCUGUCCUGACGGCUAAUCCCUCCCAUCUGAAAGUCCUGGACCUGGGUAGAAACAAAGACCUGAAGGAUUCGGGAGUGGACGUUCUUUGUGCUGGGCUUCAGAGUCCAAACUGCAGACUGGAGAUUCUGAGGUUGGAAGGGUGCACUAUAUCACAGAUCAGCUGUUCUUCUCUGGCCUCGGCUCUGAAAUCCAGUACCUCUGAUCUACGAGAACUGGAUCUAAACUACAACAAAGAACUGAAGGAUUCAGGAGUGGAGCUCCUCUGUGCUGGACUUCAGAGUCCAACCUGCAGACUGGAGACUCUGAAGUUGAGGGACUGUGGACUGUCCCAGAUCAGCUGUUCUUCUCUGGCCUCAGCUCUAAAGUCCAAUCCCUCCCAUCUAAAAGACCUCGAGUUGAGAGGAAACAAAGACCUGACAGAUUCAGGAGUGGAGGUGCUCCGUGAUUUCCUCCAAAGUCCACAUUAUAACCUCCAGACUCUGAGGUUCAAUGACACUAAAGGUAAGACCUUCAUAUUACCUGGAAUCCCAAUGAUUCCGGGUAAAAAAGAGGAGGACACAUCAGAGUCUGCAGAGUCCAGCUGUGGGUCUAUGAGGAGUGACCAGUCCACAGAUCCUGCUCUACACUCUGACAGUGAACCUGGACCUGCAGAGGAAAGGUACCACCACUACUACGACCUUUACAAACCACCUUUAUUUUACAGCUGA